CCGCGGGCGGUACUUGUGGGCGGGGCCUAGACGUGAUGGUCUAUAUUGAGGGCUGAACCGGCCGGGGUUAAAAUUUCUCUCAUCAGCUGAGGCUCCGCGCGCUGGCUGUAUCCCGCUCUCUCGCUCUCUGUGUCUCUCAGCACCUGUCUGUCUGUCUGACUGACUGACUGCCCGCCUGACCUGUCUGUCUUCUGCUCCGCUCCUGCAAACGUCCUCCAGGCGCCUUUCAAGCAAUAACAAUGAAGAUCGAGAACAGCCUGCCUUGCCAACAGCUCCCUGAGGUGCAUUCCCAGACUGGACUGCAAUUCACUGUGGCCACUGAGGAGGACUUUGAUGACAUCAUGGCCAUGAGCCAGGAUAUCUAUGGGGGCCUAGACUACCUUCCCACCCGCUAUCAGUCUUGGUUGCAGGAGACCAACCGCACUGUCAUCCUGGCUCGCAAGCAAGGCAAAGUGAUUGCACUUGAGUCAGUGUGCGUGAUUGAUGAUGGGGAGACUAUGCUGGUGGAGGGGCUUCGUGUGGCCCCUCAGGAGAGGGGAAAGGGUGUGGCAGGGGUGCUGCUCCGCUUCUGCUCUCAGCUUGUGAAAUCCAAGUUCCCUGAUGUUAAAGUGACUAGACUGACCAGAGAUGACCAACUGGGCCCUAAGGACUUCCAGAAGUACAGGCUUAUCACAAAGCAGGCAAUCCUCCUGGUUCGCUUCAGUGCAGAAGACCUUAAGCUACGUCUUGCUGAUCUUGGGCUGAAUGCAGAAAGUGCAGGGGACGGCCUGCCUCCUUCUAACAUUCCAGUACGUUUGGAGCCCUUAGAGGUUAGUCAGCUCUUUUUGAGCAGUAGUUUGAUGCAAGAUGUCCUACCCAAUGCCACCAUUGUCCAGGACUGGCAGCCCUUCAAGCCUCUACCUAGCAACAUGGCAAUCCUCUUGAAGAAGGACAUCGAUUGGCUGGUGGACGACAUCAGCUGCCCAUCCAUGGCCAGCCUCUGCACCUUCCCAUUCCGUGUGCCCAUCGGUGACGACUGGUACUACCUCAACAUCGACAUGUUUGGAAAAGACCUGGCCCUGGCUAUCCAGCAGCUCCUGUACCACCUGAGGCGCCACACCAACGUCCUGAAAGGCCACGUGAUGUGCCAGGUGUUCCUGGACCCACCACUGUGGAAGCCAAUGAUGGAGUUCUUCAAGGAAACCCUGAAAGUGGAGCUGGUGAAAGAAUACACCGAGCAGUGCGUGGUGGAGCAGGAUGUGUAGCAGCAGGAGGGAUGAUGCGUCGAAGAACGAGGAUCUAAAGACACCCCUCUCCUCACACCCAGACGCCAAACUUCAGUAGAAACUGGAAGAGCUUUGACAUCUCUCAGAUGGUUUCCUUUCAUAUCUUGCCCCGAACAAAAUGCUAAGCUUGUAGAGAUAACAACAAGCUGAGGACAAAGAUGUCCUUCUAGAUUAAUUGAAAAUACUUGAAGUCUCACAGUUAGUUUAAUAACAGCUCUCAUAAGGAAUCAAUUGCAAAAAAUGAAACAACAAACCGUUUUAAAAAAGGUUAAAACUUCAUAUGCAACACUUCAUUUUAAGAUACAUAACUUAUUUCAGUAUGCAGUAAAGUGUGUGUGGAUUUACACACGCUGAGUUGCGAAUAAGACUGCACAAUCUUUAAGGCACUUUAUGAUAAUCGAUAACGGAAUAUCUCACUAUAGAGAGUGAGAUGGUUGCUUUAGAGACUAUUUUGUCUGAAUGUUGCACUGUAGCUGCCAAUGUUGAAGAUAAAACAAAAUGUAUUUCAGCUCAUUUUUACUCGCAGUAUUCCCAGAAGAGAUCUAGAAAACGUUGAAGAUGUUGUGAUUAAGUGAGUAGCAUUUCCUGAAGUUAAAAGACAAAAACACACAGCUGUCAUUUCCAUUAGGUAACAAACACUCCCCAAACCUACAAUAUUUACUCACCUUUCCUGCAAAAAUGCUUUGUAGUUCUUAAAUUCUAUACGCACAGUAGUUGAUGUCAGACAGAGACAUUUGCUCAUAAUUUUAGGUUACAGUCUUAAAUGUUUGCUUUAUUUUAUGCACUUGACCUUAUUUGCUAGUAUUAUUGUGUCAUCACUAUAUAUAUAUUUAAUAUAUUUGACAGGAACGGCAAUAUGAAGAAUAUAAUUUUAUUAAAACAAAUGCACUGUAGAUGAAAUGUGCAAUUUAGAAUGUACACUACAUCAUUUCUAAUAUAAUUUGCUUGAUUAUUUGUGAUAUGAUUAAGGGCAAAUAAUGAGACAUAACCACUAACAUCAAUUUUAGUUGUAGGCUUUAGUUAGUAAUAGGCGAUUUGUUUCUGUAUUUAUCAUGCAACUAACUGAAAGACUUUGAAAGAUAUGAAAAGAGGAAAAAAAGAAUUCAGAAAGAGAAAAGGUAACUAAAAAUGACAACUAUUGGACACACUGUCAAUGGACUUUACAUCGUUAGCAAUCCAUUUGAGAGGAUCCAGACAGCACCUAAACUGAUAUUUCUGAAGACCUAUGAAGAUCCACAUGUGAGAUAUUGGACCUACAGGACCUCCAGUUUUGUAAUGCACAAAUGAUUUUGGUACCCUGUAAUGGUUAAAACAUCAACUAGUGACUUCAAAAGUUCAUUCCAAAAUAACUGACCUCUUUGUCUUCAGACGACUCAGGGGAUGAAACCAUCUUAUCAGGAAUCAAAAAUCAAACACUUCUUUUGGAACAUCAAAUCUCCUUAUGGAAAUAAAAACGGAGAUGACAGCCGCAUUCGUGUCGAACUCGGCAAAGGAAGAUUUUGAUUCAGCAAAGGAUCCUAUUUCUUCAUCCUGAAACUAAAACCUGAAGAACAUUGAUCUGCCUUUCCAAUAUUUGGAACCUCAACAGAUAUAUAGAGCAGAGAUGGAGGAAAAUGAGGACAGUCACGAUUUCGUUAGCCCAAAUUCUAAACAGUUUAGCCUCCUUCUGGAAGAGCUUGACGAAAGCAACUGCGAAUGAACACAGCGUUGAGUCUUUAUAAAUAGCACGGGAUGUACGACAGAACUGAGCCCUUCACUGACCCUGCUGCAGAGAGAUGAAGAAAAGCAGCACAAAUGAAGAAAGAAGGUUGACCAUCACCACAGGAAGAAAGUCCUCUACCCCAAGGAGAUGCUGCUCCUCUAUUUCCUUUUAAAGAGGCACAAUCUGUGCAAGGAAUCCAGGAAAUCCCAGCUCCUGCAUACCAGCCUAUUCUACUACUUCUAUUAAAUUGAUCAUUUGAUUACCAAAUUUUGACCCUUGAAGGAAUGAAGGGGUUGUGAGUUAAGGACAACCCAUUAUAGUAUCCGUACUGGCCAUUCUGCCUUUUCAAAUGUGUCUGUUUGUGUUUCCACUAAAUCUGAUGUGAUGAGAAUGAAUGAUGGUUAUAUAUAAAUAUUUAAUGUAAAUAUCAAAUGUGAAGUUGAGCGUUUCUACUGAGUGUAUUUUUCAAGUAUAUUUUGGUCAGUGGUAAUGUUGGUUGUAAUUGUACAAUUUGGAGUAUUUACUCUGAAAGUUUAUUUUCCAUUUUUUUAUUUUUUCUGUCCUUUUUUAUUUUCUUUUCAAUUGACAUUUAUAGUAAACGACAAAAUGGCCAGAAUGGGUUAUUAUACAUGGCAUAUUAGUCCUUUAGGAGUGUCUAACAGAAAAUCACACUAUUCUUACAAUGUGUCUAUGAUAUUAAAUGAAGUGAAUUUCCAGUAAAAUUCCACACUCCUUGGUAACUCCUCACAAAACCCAGUAGAUAGAUUUGUAAUGAUGUUGGGACUCUCUACAACCACUAAGGAACAGGAAAUCCUCCUCUUCAGCUUCACUUGGACUGGCCGCACUAUGUGGUUCUUGUAAUGAUGUCUAAUAUACUGUACAUGUCCUUAAUGAAUUGAGGGCACCUGGCCCAUCCUGCUCUGUUUCUUGUACCUGAAACCUUGUCGGAUUUUGAGCUCCUGUUUUUUUUACUAUGCUAAUAGAGAAGAAAGAUGACCCAGGAAGAGCCUGUUUUAAUAUUAAAGGCCAUUUAAAAUUGGAGAUCAAAAUGAACUGAUAACGAACAAAGCUACUGUCCAUGCAAUUUGAUCUUUUUAUUAAGCAGCAACUUUAAAAAAUUAAAAAUAAUCUGUACUCAAUAAAUUUGAAAAUGGAUGGGGGCUCAAAAUCUUAAGUAAACAACAUACCAUAUCUGCACAGCACAUUUGCCUGUGUUAAAUCAACAAUAUCAGUGUUAAAUUCACACUGGGAGUUUUCAGUUUUAACAAUCACAGUGGAAAUUUUACACGAACGGUAUUGAUGAAACACUAGCUAAUUUGCUGUGUGGAAAUCUGUAAAAUUUUAAGUUAAAGGCAUUUUAGGUAUUUUAAAAUGUUUUAAGUUACUACUGAAAAUCAAAAUAUGUUCUGCUGUUUUUUUAAAGAGAGAUUUGGCACUGGCUGUACUCCGUUAUAUUAUAUUGUCUUUAAGAAAUGAUUGGCUGUAUAAAGAAUGUAAACUUGUUACUGUAUGUAAGUUGGGUGCUUUAAGAGAGGAAAUCAGUUGCAAUACUACUUCUUACUACAAAACGGUAAAGUGAGUUUCCUUUUAUUAUGCAAAAUUGGAAAAGGGUAAAAUUUCUCACAACACUAAUUGACUUUAUUGACUUCACAUUAUUAACUUACAUUACCUCUCAAAAGCACACAACGUUGUGAUCAAUUUGAGUACAUAUUUCCUACGUUCUUGUGUGUCUGACCCAAAUCAUGGAAGGUCCAUUUUACUGUAAAACCACUUUAUAAAGAAAGAAGAGAAGCACAUACUCAGUUAAGUGAAGGCAUUACUGCUGUAAUAUUAGUAAUCACACUGAACGUAACCUCACUGAGCUGAAGUGUGUGGUUUUCUUUUUAUAUAUAUGGUAUACUGGCAUGGUAAACAUGGUGACAACAUGUCAGUAUCUCAUACACUGUACUGUAUAUGAUAACAUGAUUCAAUGGCCAACACUAAGAUGGUUUCUUGAAAUGUGAAUAUUUGUCUGUGAAUUUUUAAGCUGUCAUUGUUUGAUCAUUGUUUGAUGAAUAUAUUUCCUUUUCCUUUCUUUUCUUCUUUUUCCUUUUUUUAAUUAGUUCCUGACCUCCCUUGUGACCUCAGUUCAUCCCUUCUGAGCAUUCCUAAAACAGAAAUAGCGAGUGACCUCUCCAUGCUCCGCCCACAAAUGCCUUCUUUCGUAGCAACUGUUGUGAAGUUGGGGAAGAUUUUCAUUAAGCUGGAAAAUCCUGUUCAACUUACCAAGAAAACAUCAUUUUUAGGUUACCAGUUGCAAACAGUUACCAAUCUAGUACCUCCUAAGGCGUAAAUUAAGAUAGAAUAAAAUUUUACUGCAGGAAAUACAUGGGCUACACUACACAACGAUUUGCCUAAAGUUUCCAUUGUGCAUUUUGUCUCCUCAAGAACCUCCAUUUAAAAAAAAAAAAAAAACGAAAAUCUCUUCCACAUGAUUUGGUGAAAUAUUUACACAUUUUAAUUUAAAAUAGAAAAUGUGCUGGAAUCUGGAUGCAGGAGCUUGCAUUCCGUAAAAGUGAUGCAUUUUAAUAAGCCAAAAUCACUGAAAAACUCUACUACUAAUUACAGUCCCACCUACUGAAAAUGAAUUGAAUAAAUAUUACAUUUAUGGUCAGUUCUUUUUAGAAGUAACCUAACCAAUAGGAGACUCUGCUUUACCAUUCAUAAGAAACAAUGAAGAAAAUCUUCCUGAUUGGAUCAUUUUUGUUGGGGUCAUAAUAUAAUGAUAUCAUGUCCUACUAUAGAAAAAUAUGAGCAUAUAUACAUGCAAAGUAUUGUAUUGUAUAAAUCUGUCCUUUUGUAUAAAUCAAAAAUGAUUAGGUCAUCUUUCAUCUUUACCUUUUAAUCAAGGUAACAAAAAAAGCUGAAUAAUUUUUGCUAACAUCCUGUAAAGCUUGCUGUUGCUAUGAAUGAACACAUUUUGGGGUGGAGCAUUUUUAGGUCAGUGGCCUGGAAUAGCAGUGCAGUUCUGCCCGUAGGUGAGAAAGCAUGUGUCCACCAGAUAUUAGGGAUAUAUGACAGAUAUGUUGCUGCACGAGCAAGUGAGAAGGGACCCCGUUGCUCACGAAAAAGGCUUUAGGUUGCAGACUGAGCUGAAAGACAAGGCCAGGGUAAUACGAUGGGCAGGUGGUAAGGGUAGGAUGGAAGAGAUCAGGUUACAAAAGGACGAACAGUGUGCAGUUAACAUAGCACAUGCAAGUCACUGUUCAGGACAUAAUCCAAAUUGGACGAGCAAAGGAUCUUUUAAGAAUGCCUGACCUUGGUUCGUGGCUAAUUUUGAGCCAUGCUGUUUUGUUAGUAAAUACAGAGGCUUAUAAACGUAACUCCAUUUAAUAUGUUGUAACUUAUUUUCCGUAUUUGAAGCUCUGAAUUAGACUGACUAUAUUAGAUAGACUGUGCUCUUGUGACAGAGCAGUGGAAUUGUCCCAGACGUUCACGUUUAUAGAACACAGACACAAAGCCUUUUAUCUGAAGGCUUAGAAUGUCCGGCCUUGCAUCUCAGACCGAAUGAAACAGGAUCUAGUGAGUGCUCUGUGGUGUCGUCUUGCAGAAACAGAGCUCAUUCAGAUUGGAGUUCCCUCACCUUCCACCCAAACCUAAGUCUAGCGAGUCCCUCUGGAAGUUUGGAUGGAAAGAGUGAGGAAGGGAGGUCAAAAGAGUGACUGGAGAGUCAGCCCUGUUCUGAUAAUGUGGCCCCCAUUGGCUCUGUACUACAGUUGACCUACAUUACUGAAUCCAUCCCUUCGAUCGAUUUUGGGGAUCUGUUUCUAUAAUCUGUUGAUUCCUUUGCCUUGAAAUGUGAUAAAAGGUCACUUUACGCCAGUGUGUGAAGGACUUGAGCAGGAAACUUUGGUCCCUUUAACUUAUAAAGCUCCUCCCAUACAAUAUGACUGGGCUGCUGUCUCUCCUUUUUGUUUUCUUUAAAGAAUUGGUGUAAAAACGCCAUGUGAUGACACCAUGCAAAUGCUAUUUUACUAACUACAAGAAAAACACUGACUUAUGUUAUUUCAUCUACUGAUCUUUCUGUACUGUAUUUUGAAAAAUAUUCUGCAAGUGGAUGCCAGUGCAUGUGUUUUAGGUUACGCUCUGUGAAUGACCAUAAUUUCUGAUUGGACUAGCAUGCAUCCUUCAUGUAUAUAUAUAUAUAUAUAUAUAUAUAUAUAUAUAUAUAUAUAUAUAUAUAUAUAUAUAUAUAUAUAUAUAUACAUAUAUAUAUGUAUAAAUAAAUUCUAUAUUAUGCUUCUACUGUAAAUACACAGCUAAUCAGCUUCUCUUGAAAGUCGGGAUACAUGCACUGUUGCAUCCUAAGCACUAGAAACUAUCUGAGUACUACUUGUCACAAUGUCACUUUUUGUACCAGUCAUGGUCAUUUAGUGGUCUAGAUAACUGUUCCUCAGGUAGUUCCUCUGGAGACAUUGAUCUUUUUUUAGUUCUUAGGUGUACACCUUGAAUCUAAGGACAGUUUAUAUCAGGUACAUUUCCACCACUGCAGUGGCUUGUCCAAACUUUUAUUAGAUCAUACCAAAGACUUCAGUUUUAGACUUAAGUCAAAGGUUUAACUUGGACCCCAUGUGGCCCUGUCACUAAUCUGCUCUGUUUUAGAGCAAUCAGGAUACACGCCCUCGUAGAAAUUCAAUCUUAUUAGCUGUAAGGAAACAACGGCAAUAACUGAUGUGCCUGAUAAAGAUUUUUGUGAUCUACCUGAACCAUAGAGAGUUUUUUCACGGACAUGGUCAUUAACAUUACAAUGUCAGCCUUUUUUUGACAUCUUUGCUAUUUGCUCUUUGCAUUAGGGUCCAACUAAAUGACCAUGGUCUGAAUGAACCUGAAUUUGUACAUGUCCUAGAUGAUUGGAUUUGGGGGUGAGAAACACACAAACUCCGGUCAGUACAGUCGGAACAGCGGCUCCCUCUGUAACAUAGGAGUUUGAGUGUCUGUGUAGCGCAUUCCCUUGAUGCAGCAGUAACUGUGGAGUUUUCAGUUUUUAGUAUUUUGUACACUGAGUACUGAGUACUGUAAAGCUAACUUCUGUAAGAUUUAAAAGAUUGAAAAAGAUAAUAAUAUUAAUAUAUUACUAGAUUGAUUAAAAAACUCAAAGCAUUAUUGUUCAUCAAGGGGGUGUAUAUACAGUGCUAAUGCCAUUCAGAGGCAUUAUGAUAUAUAUUUUUUAAAAUAUACUUUUCUGUAACCCAACAAGACUGCUUAUUCUUAAGCAGUGCUUUCGAAUGAAAUGAAGAGUAUUUUGUUAUUUUUAUUUGUUACUUUUUUUCAAAAUCUGUGAGAGAUGCAAAGGUAUUUUAAAUACAGUAUGUUUUUUAAAAAACCUUUCAAUCCCUGAGAGAUCUUUGGGAUGUGUAUGUUGUGUGCGUGAGGAGGGGGGUAAGGGGUUGGCAUUAAGCAUGUGGCUAGGUUUACACAAUCUUUCAACUUCCAUUUAAAUACUUUAUGAUCAGUUUUAUUGUCAUAGAGAUUUGUUCUUAUCUAAAAUAUGACCAAACAAUUAAAGCGACCAUUAGUGUAGUAGCACUGUGGGGAGAUAACAUUAGGUUUAUUUAGCCUUUAUUUUAAGGAAGCAUAUGCUCAUAUAAAAUAGUAUAAAUACAUGUUUUCACAGAGAGAAUAUUGUUGGUGUGAACCUAGCCAUAUACAUUUUUUGGAAGCUGUGAAAUUCUAUACUUAUAAUUGUUUCAAAUGGUAGAAACAACAGUAACAUUUUUCUUCUUUUUUGUGUUAUAUUAAUAUUGUGUAGUGCUGUAAUUGUUUGCAUCUGGACAUACCUCUCUUUCUUUAUAUACUUAAUUCGUAGCUUAACUAGGUGCAUUUGCAAUUGUAAUGAACAAUAUUAACCAUUCUUAUAUAUAAGUACAAGCAAGUGUAACUCAGUUAAGGAAUGAGGAACAGCAGCGCAGAUAAGCUUUGUAAAUUGUAGACUACUGUGUUUUGGGGUAAGUGAAACACUUUCAUCUCUGACUGAGGCCCUGUGUUGCUAAUGUUUAGGAAACACAAAGGACAAAGGUACAGGACAAAAACCAUAGUGCUUCAGAAUGAUGGACUCUUAAUUCCUUUUUUUUUUAGAAAUUCUUUGUUAAUAUUUUAUUUUAAAUCCCUCUGUUUUAAGUUUAUUUCUAUGAGGUGUUAAAAAGAGGGUACAAAAGGAAGUUGCAUGCUGGAAUGUUAAGCUCCUCUUUAUAUAAAUGUUUGCCAUUUGUUUACACUUCUUUUUUACAUGUCUAUUCCAAGAGCCACAAUGAUUUGUAUAAAAUGUGUUUUAUAAAUUGACCACAGCUAAACAAAUGGCCAUUGAAACCCCCCACUAUUCUGCAUGUCAGGACAAAUUGUGAACUUUUGAUAUAGUGCACGAGUUUGUUUACUGCGUGCACUGUAUUCAAAAGUGUGGCAUUUUUGGUUUUCCUCUUUGUUUUAAUCACACGGUUUAUGAGUGAAAGCUCUUCUGGAAUCAGUAUCAUCUCCAUACUCUACAUAGAUAUUCAGCUCGUUUUCUGAAAGCAAAGGAGGUGUAUUUUACUGUAAAAAUGGAUGAUUGUUACUGUUGCAAUUGUAAGUAGUAUUUUUUUAUUUUUUGCUACUUUUCCAUUACUUUUCCAUGAACAAACUGAAUCAGAUUUUCAUUGUUGUGCACCAUUAGAAAGGCACAUAUAUACUAAAGUUAAAGGAUGUUAUGUAAUCAAGCUAAACAAUUGAUCAAAGCACAAAUCAUGCUAAAGUUCAAGGGUGUCAAAUUUCGACAUUUCCACUUUCAGAACUCUAAAAUCAAUUCAGAGUCAUCAGUGAAAGUUUGACGUAAUAUGAAGAGAAAGUAUGCAACUUGUAUUUGACAGAGGAACGCUUCGACACGUGUCCUGUAUUAGAUGGCACGUGGUAUUAACAGUGCACUCCUGAUAGUCAUCUAGAAAACGGUUUGCGUUUCUCUCGACUGAUGUUUUUUUUACGAUGGCAGGAGUCAUGUUUAAAGUCAACAAUCCCGAAAAGGUUUUUAUUACAGUAUUGAACAAGCAGUAAAGGGGGUGCAGUUCCCCGGUGAGUAGGUACAGUCUGGGUAUCGAGUACAAUGGGUGACUGAUGUCAUAUGGUGCCAUUCCAGGCUACCAAAACACGGUUGCUGUAACUAUUUUUGUUUUACUUUGUGUUAGUAACAAAUAGUGUUUGUAAAUGCUGCUUGUGCUGUGUCACAAGGUUGUUACGAGCAUAUUAGGCAAGAACCCUCAUUCUACAUAUUUAGAGAACUGCGUAAUGAAAAACUGAGACAAUAACAUGCUAUGUUGAGGCUUAUUAAUUCUACAGCCACAAUCAGGGAUUUUUCAGAACGAAAAAGUGGUCACUGAAUUCUGUACUGAAAAAGAGAUUUUAAAGCAUAUUGCUUUUAUGAAAUUUACACAUAAUAUCACAACAUAUGAUGGUUAUACUCUAUAGUACUUUGGCUCAUAUCUGAGAAGACUGCAAAAUGAUGCAUCUUUAAGAAUCAUCUUUAAAAAUAAGACCAAAAUGAUUCAUAAUUCCAUCUACCAAUCCCUGAUUGUGGCAUUAAGACUGGGGUUUUGCUUGUUUUCCAUCAUGUCUGUAGUACUCAUCUUUGUAAAUGUAGCAUCUACAGAGGCUAUUGAAUGACUGUGUAAGACAACCAGUGGCAGAUAGCUGCCAUUAUACUGGAUGAAUGGCUUUGUACAGAGCUGGAGCAUUUAAUGCUGCUUGCUGGAAUUGCAGUGUGGCACACUGACGAACAACACAAACUGUUUCCAUAUAGCAUAUAGCAUGGCAAUGUUAACCGUAGUCUGUGCUGAUAGUGAACCGUUUUAAGUAGGUUUUCUUUUAAAUGGCCAUGAAACUAAUCUUAGUGGUAGAGAUUUUUUUGUGUGUACUUAUAAUUUGUGAAUUGUAUUGCGCCAGCUAACAAUAAACAAAGAAAAUAAGAAAAAAAAUGAACGAAAAAAAAGAAAAAGAAAAGUCAAGAAAAACACCCUCCCAAAAAAACAUUACUCAAACAUGAAAA